ACGAGGUCAAGCCACACCUCACAAGCAAAGGCUGCCGAGUGCUCAGUGCUGGGCACCUGCUGUCCUGUGCUACCCUCGCCACCCCUCCAUGCUCCACCUGCCCCAGGCCCGAGUCGGCGAGAAAGACUCCUGCUGUACCUGCCUUCCCAUCCCGGGUUCUGCUCCCGCGCCCUCCUCCUCAUCCCAGGUUCUGCCAUUGUGUCUGCUUGCUGUGGAUUGAAUUGUGUCCCUCAAAAGGUGCCAAAGUCCUGACCCCUGGCACAUGUGAAUGUGACCCUAUAUGGAAAUAGGGUCUUUGUAGGUGACCAAGUUAAGAGGAGGCUGUUAGGAUGGGCCCUACUGCAAUAUGCAAUAUGCUUUGUGUCCUUAUAAAAAGGGGAGAUUUGGACACACACACACACACACACACACACACACACACACAGAAGCUGUGUGAAGAUAAAGGUGGAGCUCAGGUGAGCCCACUGUAAGCCAAGGACCCCAAAGAUAGCAGCAGCCCACAGGAGUGAGGGGAGCGGGAUGAGACAGUGCCCCCUGCAGCCUCGGAAGGCUGCAACCCACGCUGUCCACACCUCGAUCUCAGACCUCUGGCCUCCAAAACCAUGAGACACGGAAUUUCUGUUGUGUGACCAGCCAGUUUGUGGUGCUGUUUGUCACGGCAGCCCAAGGAAAGGAACACAUUACUGCAUACAAAUCACGACUCACGUUAUCUUUAUUUAGAACCCAAACGAACCUCUCCCUAACCUUUGAAUCACAGGGGCACACGAUCUUCUUCAGCAGCCUAGAAACCCAAGGCCCAGCAGAGCCACCCGCAGGCACCCGCUCCCCAUAGCCCGGCACACACAGACCACGCCACCCUCCACGUGAGCCUGGGGAGCAAAGCAGCACAGCCUGACCUGCACCUCAGCUCUUCCUCCUGAGUCUAAAACACACACGUGCCCCAGGCCAAUUCCAAGUUUUGUAAACUGAGCAACAGCUCUUGGGAAACAAAAACACAGCUGUUUAUUCUCCUGGAGCUGGCUGUACACCCCAACAAGGAAGGGAGGGCCUGCUGAGCCUCCUGUCUGGACAACACGCGCCUGGGAGGAGUAUAAAAGCCCCAGAAACCCGAUCACCUCACUCACUCCCUCACCCACUCCCUCCCAUCUCGCCCAGCCCAACCCCCAGCACUGCAGCGUCCACCAUGUCCGUCUGCUCCAGCGACCUGAGCUACAGCAGCCGCGUCUGCCUUCCUGGUUCCUGUGACUCUUGCUCUGACUCCUGGCAGGUGGAUGACUGCCCAGAGAGCUGCUGCGAGCCCUGCUGCUGCGCCCCCAGCUGCUGUGCCCCGGCCCCCUGCCUGACCCUGGUCUGCACCCCAGUGAGCUGUGUGUCCAGCCCCUGCUGCCAGGUGGCCUGUGAGUCCAGCCCCUGCCAAUCAGGCUGCACCAGCUCCUGCACGCCCUCGUGCUGCCAGCAGUCUAGCUGCCAGCCAGCUUGCUGCACCUCCUCCCCCUGCCAGCAGGUCUGCUGCAUACCCGUCUGCUACAAGCCUGUGUGCUGUGUGCCCACCUGCUCUGAGGAUUCCUCUUCAUGCUGCCAGCAGUCUAGCUGCCAGCCAGCCUGCUGCACCUCCUCCUCCUGCCAGCAGGCCUGCUGCAUGCCUGUCUGCUGCAAGCCUGUGUGCUGCAAGCCUGUCUGCUGUGUGCCCACCUGCUCUGGGGCUUCCUCUCUGUGCUGCCAGCAGUCUAGCUGCCAGCCGGCUUGCUGCACCUCCUCCCAAAGCCAGCAGGGCUGCUGCGUGCCUGUCUGCUGCAAGCCUGUGAGCUGCGUGCCUGUCUGCUCUGGGGCUUCCACUUCAUGCUGCCAGCAGUCUAGCUGCCAGCCAGCUUGCUGCACCACCUCCUGCUGCAGACCCUCCUCCUCCGUGUCCCUCCUCUGCCGCCCCGUGUGCAGGCCCGCCUGCUGCGUGCCCGUCCCCUCCUGCUGUGCCCCCACCUCCUCCUGCCAGUCCAGCUGCUGCCGCCCGGCCUCCUGCAUGUCCCUCUUCUGCAGCCCUGUGUGCUCAGGUCAGAAGCCCAGCUGCUGAUGGACACGCCCCCCAGUGCCAGCCAGGCUCAGCUCCCACCUGGAAGCUGAUAGUCACGUCCUGAAUUGCUCCUGCACUUUGACCAUUUCCCGGUGUCUGCUAUUGAGCUGGACAGUGGAAGAACUGAAUGUCUAUACUCAAUGCUGCAGCCCUUUUGCGGGGUGGGGGUUGCUUCUAGAAAGUUCCCAUGGCAGUGGCCUCCCCUCCAUAUCUCCUACUUCUCGUGAGGGUCAGCUCAGCCUUGACCCGUGAGGUCUCUGUCCUCCUGGCUCAGAGCCCCAGAGCCUUCUUUGGAGGCCCUCACACUGACCAAUAAAGGCCCUGAGACUGCAAUGGCGCUG